AUGCAACAACACAUUUCAACUGCUGCCGUUUCCUCCUCAUCACCAGCAUCAGCAAAUACAUCUUCAUUGAGUGGUGGUUUGAAUCAGCUGCAGGGAGCCACCGGUGUUAUGGGUGUUAUGGGAAGGAGGCUAUCUCUGAAAAGUUGUUCAUCGGACUCGUCGAAUAAUAGAUUUUCGCAACAAUUGGAGACGGAAGAAAAGGACAAGAUUGAAAAAUGGAAAGAUAAUUUGGAACACGAAAAUCAUAUUUGUCCAAUAAGUCAUACAUUGAUGGUUGAUCCUGUUGUUUUGGCUGAUAGUGGAAUUACGUAUGAGAGAAGUUCGAUUGAAAAGUGGUUGGAAAAGAGUAGAACUUGUCCGAUUAGUAAGAAACGACUUGCUGGCAAUGUGAAUCAACUGAUUCCUAAUUAUAGUACGAAGAAUUUGAUAGAGCAGGCUAAGGAAAAGUAUUGUAACAAGUUGAUUGGCUUGUUGGAACAAAAGUUGGAGGACAAGAAAGGGAUUGCUGAUUGUCUUGAUUUGAUUGAUAGUGAUCUGUUGAUUUAUGUAGAUAAGAAUGAGAAGAGAACCAUGUGGGAAAAGAUCAUGCUCAUCAAGUUGAGAAUGAUGGUUCUGAAACGUGAUUUGGAAAUGUCGGGAAAUCUUGAUGAAUGGUUCAACAAGUUGGAAUAUGAAUUGUUGGAAUCGACACAUUUGAUCAUUAGAGAGGAUUCAUCAGCAAUUUUUUCAUUCGAUAGUCAUCAAUUUAAAUCUGUUAAACAUAUGCUUGAUCAAUUAGAAACCAAAUAUGAUACUACUCAUGCACUGGCCUACCAACAAAUUAAGAAACAUCUCGAUGAGGAGAAUAAGAAACGAGAGGAAUUUGAAUACCGAUACAGAAUGAAACAAUUCCAAAAAGCCAAACAAAAGGAGGAACGAAAAGUAAGGAGAGAAAGAGAGGCUGCCCUUCAAACAGCCAACAAUGCUCAAUCUGCCACAGAGGAACUUUCCACAACCCAAUGGUUAGCUAUGGGAGCAGGAAUUUUAGGUGCUGGUGCUCUGAUUGCUGUUGGAUUAUUCUCUGCAUUUAGCUCAGCAUCUGGAAGAAAUGAUAGGAGAAAGUAGAGAUUUUGUAAAUAACAAUUCAUUGUAAAUAAUAGAAAAGGAAAAUUGUAAAUAAUAUAUUGAUCUAACUUGAAAGUGUAUAAUAAAAUACUAUAUUUUGG